AUGGAUGCAGCUGUGUUUACGGACCCGCACGAGUACAAGGCCGUCGGGUAUCUGGACGGCAGCCAAAAUGCGGGCAAGAGCAAUUACAUCAAGACGAAACCUUUCCAGGUCGUCGAUAACGACGUACUGCCUUGGGGGGAUGGGCUGGCCGGUCCUGGAGGUUUAUUUCAAGUAUCGUGGCCAAGUCCAUUCGGAUCAAGAUACUGGACGAGUACGAGUCAGGUUUCGUCGAUGGAAGAGAGCCUCCGCUCACACUUAUUCAAGAAUUGGGUUCUGGCAUCGGUAACAAGAUGCGAGUCCGGCGUAGAGAGACGUGCUUGGGAUAUCUAUCAGUAG